UUUUAUCAUUAAAAAUUGUUUUUAUAUUGUUAAAUGGCACUGACAAAGACUUAGAAAUCCAAAUUAGAAGAAACAACUGCUUUGGCUAUGUGGAAGAUCUCAAGCUUAUGGCUUCAAAAGUCCAAAUAAUUUCAUUGGGAAAAUAAAACAUUUGUAAUAAAUGAAUGUAUUGCUCAGGAUUUGGAGAGUAUGAUAUCUUCAAUCUUUAAUUGUGCAACUGAAAACAACUAGAAAUCCAUCAAGAAUGAGAGUUUUUCAGAGUCUUUCAUUUGGAUGCAUCUCUUAUAAUUCCAUUAACUAUUUUCCACCUGAGGGAGCUCUUUUUGAUUAGCUCAGCAGCAAAGUGAUUUCCUCCUCAUAAAAAUCACCUGUGGACAACAACUAUUCUGGUAGCCAUUUAAUUUUUGUUGUAUGGCAUUCAAGUUACAUUUAGUAAAAAUAUUUCUAUUAUGUUUAAUUUAUCCUCAGUUGAAGCUGAAUUUUCCAAAUAUUAGUUUUAGAUGAUAGUCUAAAUCAGGGAGUGUUGGGUAUAGGGUGAAUAUAGGUUGCCAAGUCACAUGCCUUUUGGCAAUAUUGCCUUUACGCAAUAGGGACUUAGUUCCUCAUACCUGCAUUAGUCAGAGUGAGUCAGGGUAUCAUGCAUAGUCUUCUAAGCCUAUUAACAUACAUGUGUAUUUGGGUUUAGCAUCCUUCUGCCAUAUAAGGUCAAUUUUACCAGGGUAAUAUCUAAAGGUGUCUCCUAAAACAUUCACCUGCAUUUCUACAUGAGCUAGAGAGUUCGUAAUUCUCACCCUCCACUCAACUACUGCAUGUAGAUACAGCUACCUAUUCCUGCCAAUUAUUACAAUAUUGUUCGAAAUAUCUAUUAAUUUGUUAAUGCUGAUUAUUGUAGUUUAUUGUUGUUUAUAGCUUGAAGUAUUGUAAUUGUUUUGUGUGGAAUGAGAAUUCACUGUAUACCCAACACGAUCUUGUUUCUAAGACAUAUCUGAUUUAGGGAAAUAUUUUAUUAGGUAAGAGUAAAUUACUGUAUGUUUUAUUAGUCAUGGUCAAGUUAAUUUUCAUUUUGUUUUAUAGUCAAGAAGAAAUAGACAAAUUAAUUUCAGAUGGCAAAAAAUUAUAUGCAACAAAAGACAUUCAAAGUGCUUGUGACAUUUUUGGAGAUGUUUGUGCUAAGUUAGCAGAAAAGUAUGGACAGACAGCCAAUCAAUGUGGUGAUGCAUACCUUUUGUAUGGAAAAUCUCUGUUAGAUUUGGCCAGGUCAGAGUCUGAUGUCCUUGGCAGCUCGAUACCAAAAGGAGACAUAGUUGUUUCAAAAUCAGAGCCAACUAAAAAUGGUAAUGCAGAAAAAGAUGAAAAGGAUGAGGCAUCAACUGCCAGUGACAAGGAAGAAGGUUCCACGGAUGAUGAACGCCCUGGAAUGAACGGAGAGAGCAACAGAUCUAAUGGAGACGUUACUGCUAAAAAUGAUGAUGGUUUUACUGAAAAGGAAAAUAAAAGCCAAGAAGAUAAUCAUGAGCUUGAAGAAGAAGAUGGAAAUGUUGACAUGGCUGCAGGAGAUGAAAAUGGCAAGGAUGAAAAAGAGGGGGAUGAAAUGGAGGACGAUGAAGAUGAUGAUGAUCAAAAUGAAAUUGAUGAUGAGGAACCUGAAGAUAAUGAAGAUGAAACUGCCACUUCGGAAGAUGUUUCAACCAUGCAGCAGGCCUGGGAGAUACUUGAGCUAUGUAGAAUUGUCUUUGCCAGGAAUGAGUCAAAGGAGCACAAACUAAAACAAGCUGAAGCUAAUCUCUUGCUUGGAGAAAUUGGAAUGGAAUUAGAACACUAUCCUGAAGCAAUCGGAGAUUUUAUGGAGUGUCUAAGAAUUCAAGAACGGUUUUUGGAUUCAAACGAUAGGCGUCUCGCUGAAACUUUCUACAAUCUUGGAUUGGCAUAUUCUUUUGACCGGCACUACGGGAAAUCUAUAGAGUACUACAACAAGGCGAUUUCGGUUAUAAACUGUCGAAUUCAGCGUUUAAAAGACAUGAAUGAUGGGGAAAAUAAUGACGAAUUAAGAGAGCUUGGAGGAUUACUACCCGAUUUAUUGGCAAAGGUAGAAGAUUCAGAGUAUAUGAAAAAAACUACUGAGGAAAUAAUAAAAUCGGCGGCUUCUAUUGCUAAAGGCAGCGUAGAGGACGAAGAAGAUGUAGAAGAGUCAACGAGUUUUGAAAAGCCAUCAGAUUCUGCAGAGGAAGGAAAACCCGUUGCUAAAGUCACAGACAUUGGUUAUCUUGUUCGAAAGAAGAGGAAAACGGAUGAAGCCAAUGAAGUUGCUGCAAAAAAGCCAAAGGAAACCGUCGAAGAAAAGAGUGACUAGACGUUCUUGCAGAGAAUAGCAUUAUUUGCUUUCGUUUCAUUUUAACCGACAUCCCACGUUGAUACAAAUCUUAAAUAUUUAUAUAUUUUCUACGCAUGAAAUUAACUGCUUUCUUGAA